AUGCAUGCAUGCAUGCAUGCAUGCAUGCAUGCAUGUGUGGCGGGAGAUGUUUUGUUUAUAGAGCAGCAGCAUCAGCAGCACCAGCAGAAGCAGCAGCAGCAGAAGCAGCAGCAGCAGCAGCAGCAGCAGCAGAAGCAGCAACAGCAGCAGCAGCAGAAGCAGCAGCAGAAGCAGCAGCAACAGCAGCAGCAGCAGGAGCAGCAGCAGCAGCAGCAGCAAAUUAUCUUGCCUGGAAAUUCCACAGCGAUUUCUGUGGGCCAUGUAGCGGGAUCAUCGAGGGUUUUGAACUGA